ACGGUUCCCUCUCGAUGCCGGUACAACCAAGUUGUGUGCGGGAUCCUAUUCCAUCUUAGUACGCCUUAUCCUGACGUCCUCGCCCUCGCCCUCGCCCUGGCCGCUCUCCGCCGCAACUUCAAGUCCGUUGCCAAAUCCCUCUGCGUCUCGCCCGACAACGCCGGAGUCGCCGAGGAAGCGCUAGACCGCGCCGCCUCCGCCUACUAGGCGCUCACGGCACCCGCCCUAUUCGUGGCCACCUUCAGGACGGCCUGCGCUGGAUGCCGCCUCCUCCACGAGUUCGAGCGCAAGUAUGUGGGGUCCCGUCUCAUCUGCCCCUCCUGCCGCCGGAGCUUCCUCGCCACCGAGGUGCCGCCUCCGCCGGAUGUGGAAUCUCAUGCACCUGCGCCGCCGCCGGUCAAGUAGCCCAAGACCGAGAAGCCGGAGAUGACGCUCGCCGAGAUGCAGCUCCUGCUCAGCAAGAGAAGAGGAACGAAGGACCAAAAGGCUCCCAAGAGCUCAUCUAGAUGCGAGACGGAAGAAGAAGACGACGAGGAGGUUGCGGAGGAGAACAACCAUUCUGAGCUGAUGGCCGUUGAGGACUCUGACUUCUACAAUUUCGACGCCGUUGAGGAGGGCAAUGCAGGGAGGAGAAAGUACGAUAUUGCGGUGUUCCUCAGUGGUUACAAUGAGCUGUAUGGUCCCAGCUUCGGCUACCUAGAGAAGGUGGAAGGAUUCAGGAGCAUCUUCACACGCCGGGACGUCGGUAGCCAUGCUGUCCACACCCUGCAGAAGGGCGAUCUUGGAGCACUUUCGCAUCAGAUACCGGCGAGUAAAGUGUCCAAGGGUGAAGGUUCAACGCUGCCUCCUGGGAAUUGCUGGGAGCUUGAUCUUGCAUCCUUGCCUGCCAAGUUGCUGCGUGUCGGACCACGGAAGUGAUAAAAGGUUGAAAGUAGUUUAGUUGAUAUAGGAGUGUUCAUAGCAUAGAAAUUGCAGAAGGUUGUAGGUUUGGUCUGCCCUAUCAAAUGUUGUGAAGAUGCAUCAGCUUUGCCAACUCUAGUUGGGCAUUCUUCUUCAGGUCGGGGUUUAGAGAGCUUGAUAGUUGUAGGUGUUUCAGUGCCAGUUCUGCUGUCCACAGGUUGCACUGUAUGAAAUAUUGAAAUGAAUGAUCUUUAGAUAUUGACUGGA